AUGGAAGAUGACUUUAUUUUGAGAAUGGAUUUGAUUAGCGGCCAUGAAUUGACUAUUGAUUCAGUGAGGGACGUCCUACGUUUUGGAAAUGAAGAGUUCAAGCUGAAUCAGCGUUGUAUUGAAACGAAGCCUGCAAGAUUGAUCGCUUAUCAGAACUGCAAACACUGCGACGAGAUUGAGCAGUCGAAACUCGGUGUAGACCAGGAGGAAGACGAGGAUAAUGGGCCGCUCGUCAGACGGAAAGAAGAUGAGAUAGAACGACCUGGCUCGUCGAAAAUAUCAGACGAGUCACCUUCUUUCAAGGCCUUAUGGGCUCAAAGGGACUCCUUGCAUGUUGAGAACGGAUUGCUUAAUCGAGCCUGGGAAAGUCGGGAUGGAAGGCAUGUCACUAUGCAGUUGGUGGUUCCGGUCACCAGGAUCAAGGAAGUACUUCGGGAGAUGCACAGUGGGAGUUCUGGUGCUCAUUUUGGAAUCAACAAGACGCUUUCCAAAAUUAGGGAGAGAUUCUAUUGGGUCUGUUGUCGGCAAGACGUCGAGAGCUGGUGCAAGAAGUGUACGACCUGCGCGGCGGUUAAAAGGCCUAAGAUUAAGGCGAGAGGGCAGUGGCUACCACAGAACGUCGGCUCACCAAUAGGAAUAUUGGAAGAACUGUAGGAGAAGUGGCGAGUGCCCGAAGAAAGGAACAAGGACACGAAGAAGGUCAAAGGUUACGACGAUGGCUUACAGGAGAAGCUGCCGAGCAUUUACAAAAUGCUGCACUACCAGAAUAGAGUGGCGACUGAGAAUGAAGACACGUUACGACCUUUGGGACAACUCAGUAGGGUUCCAGGCGGGAAAUUUGGUAUGGAUUUAUAACCCCCGGAGAAGGAAUGAUUGUUGCCCAAAGUUGUCAUCACUCAUCAGACUGGGAAUGUCCCUAUACUGUGGUGACGAGGAUCAACGAUAUCGUCUAGAGAAUUCAACGAGGGCCGAAGACGAAAAUGAAAAUCAUACGUUUAGACCGCCUCAUGAGGCACAACAGCAGCGCCGUUGACGUUUCUGAUCGAAACGAUCAGAACUAAGGAGGGGGCAAUGUUAUGAAAUACGACGCUUUCUGGUCUGUAUGCCGAUGAUGACUCAUCAUCAAUUACAGCGACAGAGUAAAAAUUUAAAAAAGUAAAAUAAACAUGCUCAAGUGAUUAUUACCUAGCUUGAAGUACAAUGCCUUGACAGAAUAUGUCGUUUUUAAGAGUGUGGGCACGAAAUGACAGUUUCAAUUUUAAAAUAUUUUAGGUUAUAUGACUGGUUUUCAGAAGGUACCAAAUACAAGCGUCUUGAAAAAGCGGUAAAUAAACUGCCAAACUGUUGACGUAGAAGACAUCUCUUCUUCUUCUUUUUAUGUCC